AUGUCUCAGUACAAGGCUCAGUAUCCUGCGGGUGUUACUGUCGACCCCGAAGUUGUGCAGUUCUUUGAGGACUUUUAUCGGAUUUCCGAUACACCUGGAGUUCAUGACGUUUACGUGGACCAGUUCACAUCCGACGCGACUUUCAAGCUGGGGUCCAAGAGCAGCCAGGGUCGUGAUGAGAUCACAACAUUGAGACAUGGCAUGUGGGCCGCAGUGUCACAAAGGAAGCACACCAUCCAAAAGAUCUUUCCGUUUGGCGGCGAAAGUCGCGAGGUCAUGCUUUACGGAGACGUCGAGUACGAGCUCCGUGCUGGUGGCAAGGCCACUGUGGAAUGGGGAGGACACGCAGUGCUGGAGAAGUCUGCACAAGAUGGAAAGCUCAGAUUGAAGUUCUACCAGGUCUACUUGGAUACCGCCGCAGCCAGCUCCAAAUAA